CUCUCACAAUUCCGCUCCGACAAGUGCUGUUCGGUUACACACGAAUUGACUUUGAUUUACGGUAGAGUCUCAUGGUCUCUUUACUCAGCCAUCUAGUUGCCGGAUGGUGCUGCUACCAAUCUACUGUCUCAUGCUCAUGAACUCUGUAAUCCCCGCCUCCGAAUACAGCGGGGCGCCUGCUUCGUUUGCGAAGAUCGUUGCCCUUUACGUUGUCAUGGAUCUUGAAAUCGUCCCAAGCCAUCUCUCAAAGUACGCGGCAACGAUAAACCAUGCUCGGACUUGGACCUCCCUUUACUGGUUCUCGCCUCAGUUCAACCCCUGGAAGGGGUAAAAAAACAGGCAGGACCCGAAGAAGUGGAUCGCUAAUUUUAAACGUUCGAUGCUCCGUCAGGGCAUUCUAUUAAUAUAUUG